CAUGACGUAGCCAGUAACAGCGGGCUGGUUUGAAAUGAGGAAGCCAUUGAGAAAAAUACUGUAGAAAGCAUGUUGGAUGCUAUUGACAAUCAUGAUAAAUAAAGUCUCGUUUGAACGUGAUAUCUCUGGAUCACGCUCUUGACCCAAGGCGGACCUUUUAACGGCGACUGAAACUCACACGAACGAGUGCGCAUUAGCUGUCGGCUAACGCCUUAGCAGGCUUAGCUUAUUGUGGCUCAGUUCUACUAGUAUUGUUCAAAGUUCUUAUUUUGAGGGUGAAACUACAUUCGUGGGCCCACCAUGUCGUCUCCAGACGCCGCUCGUAUGUUGGCACUGGAGAAGCAAGUGAGAAGUUUAUCGGAGGAGUUGUCGGAAUGCCAGGCCGAUAAAGACUUUGUAUGGUCCCUGUGGAAACGACUUCAAGUGGAACAUCCAGACUUGACCCAGGCUGUGAGUCUGGUUGUUGAGCGAGAGAAGCACAAAGGUGAGAUGAAGGACAGGAAGGUGUUGGAGAUCCUCCAGGCCAAAGACUUCAAGAUACACGAUCUGGAGCAGAAAGUGUCAGAAAAGCAGCAAGAGGUCAACAAGCUUCUCCAAAGAUGCCCGUCGAUGGACAAGGAGGCUUCUUUAAUGAAGAGCGAGCUGGAAGACGUCAACCAACAACUGCUCGACAAGAGCAAACAACUGCAGGAAUGGAAGACGGCGUGCGGUAGGAAAGAGGAGGAGGCGCAGCAGGUGGCGCGUGCGCUCGACGAGGAGAAAGGGGGAUUAACGUCCCGCUGUGUCGCCCUGCAAGCUGACCUGGAGGAGAAAGAGAGGCAGGCCAAGCACCAGCGUGACCAGAGGGAGGCUGCCCAGGCCAGAGUCAAGGAUCUUGAGGAAGAAGUACGCAACGCCUGGCAGGAGGUCUCCAGGAUGCAGAACCACAACAGCAACCUGGCAGCUUGCAUCUCACUCAAAGAACAGGAGAUGGCAACAAAAGUGGAUCAGCUUCAUCAACUUGGGUGCGAGUUUGCCGAAGUGCAGACGUUGUACAGACGGAGCACGGAGCACGCGGCGGCCCAGAGCCAUCUGAUCAAGCAACUGGAGGGACUCAACGUGGAGACACAGAGGGUGAUGAGGAACCAGGAAGAAGAGCACAAUGCUGACACCACUUCGAGUCAGAAGCUAUACAGCGAUUUGAGCCAAUGCUACCAGGCCCUCAUGUCAAGCGAGGCCAAGCUGCGGCAGAGCCACCAGGAGCUGAGCAGCCAGCUGGCCCAGAAAGAGCAGCAGAUACUGCAACUGCAGGCCCAGCUGAAAGAACAAAAGCAACAGUGGCGGAAGGAACAACUACAGCUGCAGCAAGCUCAGCGGACAACCAGUUGCAUCUCAAGCAACAGACAAACGAACUUGAAGGCACUUGCAUCUGACCAGACGGUUGCCGCGUCUCACAGUCUUCAUUGUGAGCAUUCAGAGGAUAAAGCCCUUCACUACAUCUCUCCUGUCAGGAGGCAGCAGGAUGCAUCUGUGCAGCGAUCCCGGUCUCUGUCCCCAGCUGGCAGUGCGGAACAUUAUCAUGGCGGAAGAAGGGGCGCACAACAAAGGAUUCGAGACCUCGAGGAUUUGCUCCGGUCAAAGACUGAGGAGAAUGAAGAACUGAGAAAGGCUCACAACAGAAGACGGGAACGCCUUUUAGUAGUACAGAAGAACUACAAGGCCGUCAAAAACCAGCUGAAAGCGGCGGAGAAAGCAAAUGACACGCCACGUGGAAGGAUGCCACGCGCCGAGCCCUGGCAACUAAGACAAGAGAACAGCGAUGCCGUGUGGAACGAACUUGCCUACUUCAAAAACCUCACCCGGAAACUCACUCUGGAAAAGGCUGGCUUGGAGGAGGAGCUGGACAUGCUGCGAGUCCAGGCUGCGAUGGAUCGGGCCACGGUGAAGGAGCUCAACUUGUGUCUCACUGAAGAACACCAAGAGCUGCUUCGCAAAGUGGAAGAGGAGCACCAGGUCAAAAGCACUUCUCCGAAAAGACCCUCUGUUUCCUCAAAGCGAUUGGAACAGUCGUUUAUGAAGAUUGAGCAGCUGGAGCGGAGGAUGGUGUCCCUGGAGGGUGAGACGGAGCUUCUGAGGGAAGAGAAACAGCAGCUCCUCCAGGCCAACGAAGACCUGGCCCGCGACUGCCGCGGACUUCAAGCCUCGCUGGAUCAUCUGCAAACCCAGGAAGCUGUCCGCCUACAGACUGCCCAAGCGCAAGCCCUGGCCCUGGCCUCGGCUCAGGGGGAGCUGCAUCGCUGCGAGGUCGCGGCUCUCCAAUCCCGGCUGGCCGCCUCUCACAAAGAGUCCGCUGAGCUCCAUCGGCGGCUCCUGAAGCUGAGGCAGGAGUUUGGCGUUCUCAGGGCGGCCAGGGACUUCUACAGGAAGCGUGCGGCGGGACCGGUGCGGCCGAGCGGGAUCGCUGGCAACGUUAGCGGCAAGCCAAAGUUGAAAACAAUUAGGCUCACGGGUUCGUUACGCCAGCGCAGCCACCCGACCGUCAUCCCCAAUCAAGCCAUCAGCUGGCAAGGCCGUAGCCCCAGUCCCUCGAAGGACGAGUGGGAGGACAUGAGCGUAGCGAGUGACAGUGAGGAAUAUUCAGACAGCCUCAACAGCGCGCCCUCGGGGACAAGGCCUCCCAGACGGCACAAAAGGAAGUUCGACAGGUGUCAGGCAAACGCAGGCGUGAAAGUGCUGGCGGCGGAUUCGAGCAGUAAGCACCUCAACGUUACCAAUCAAGACAACAAACAGCACGAGCGCUGGGAGCGUGGGACAAGAGGCGAGAAGAGGAAGAAGUGGCUGCUAAUAAAUGCUUCUUCCUCCUCUUCUUCCCUGCACCACCGCGUCGAGUCCCUACAGCGGCACGUGGAAGUACUGCGACGUGCCCAGAAAGCCGCUGCACUCUCAGCCCAAGAGCUGCGCAGCACCAACAAGAAGAUGGCGGCACAGCUCAACUCCCUCGCUGAGAAACUGAGCGGCAGCAAGCAGCUCACGCAGAAGCUGACAUCUGAGCUGGGGGCCUUGGACCAGCAGAAGAAGGUUCUGGAGAUGGAAUUGGAGCAGUGGAGGCAAAGCACUUUCCCCCGUCGCACAGCUGAGUGCUCCUGCCAGGCCCUGGAGGCAGAGGUCAAACAACUGCAAGCCAAGCUCAAGAGUACAAGUGUGGAGGUCACGAGGCAGGUGGCAGCUAACAAAACCCUGCGAGGCCAAGCGCAGGAGAAGGAGGACAAGCUCCGCCAGCUGCAGGACAAAGCAAGCCACGCCGAGCGAGAUGUUACCAUGAAGAGGCAGCUGGUGGACGACCUGAAGACGAGGCUCAAGUUUUUGCAGGAGAUGGAGAAAAGUUACCGUGGGCAGGUGGACGAGCUGGAGAAGAAGGUCAAGUGUUUAUCAGAGGAAGCUUCCAACAGGAAGGCUUUCGUUGAAUCUCUCAAGAGGAGACUGAGCGUUGCAACCACGGAGAAAGCCCAGCAUGAGGCUUCCUGCGCCAAACUGAAGGAUGACCUGGAAAAAAAGGAGCAGCGCAUUCAAGCCCUCCAGGCUCGCGUGGGAGCUAGCGAGCAGGCCUUGGCCGCUCUGGAGCAGAGCGCCACUGAGCAAACGGAGCGGCUGACCCAGCAGCGCUCCCAAGCGUUGGACGAGCUUCAGAGGCAGCUCGGCCAGGCCUCCUCCCAGCUGGAGCAACUUCGCUCUUUCAUCAAGGCUCUGGCCAGCGAAAUGCUGUUAGACGUGCACGAGGUCAAACAGCAGCUGAUGAAGAGGAGGAGGUUGAGGCGGACCGACGCUGUUGCGGCAAAGGGCGGCCCGUCAGCUAAAUCCAUGAUCAAAGCCAAGUCCAUCGCCGCCUCCAUCCUCAACAUGUCCGAGAACGAUCUGGCCGACAUCAUGGACUCGGAGCAGGGGACAGAGAGUCUUUCAGGGCUUCCCAAAGAUCAGGAAUGGCUGGACCAGCUAAACCACAUCCUCCAGCAGAAGAUCCCCUCUGCUGGCCAGCUAAUGGAGGCUUUGCGUGUGAAGAUGAAGGAGAGGAAAGUGCUGACAGAAGAACUGGCCACGCUGGCAACAGCAGCCGCAGUCAGCGAAAAAGCCUGACUCCCCGGGCUGAGGUUGGGAAAACUGUCAUCCUCUUCUUUUUCGCCCCCAACCCCCAAACUUACCUCCCCUCCACCAUCGCCCCGAUUCGGUGGGAACUCAACCGAGCUGGGACUCAGACUCGCUGCACGCCGAGCUUUUGUAAUGAGCCCCCUCAACAUCUGUGUUUCCAGAAACGCCUUUUAGCCCCGAACUCAACAAAGAACCAGUGGUGAGAAAAUAAAUUUUCCAAUUUUCUUUUUCCCCUAAUUUGGCAUCUUAUGGACUUUAAGGGGCAGGACCUUGACCCGACGAAUGCCAAGUUGAGACUUUGACAAUGUCGGAAUUGUAAUUAACAGUAAAAUCAUGGAUUUCGAUUGCAGGGUGAUUGGAUUCAUUUUGUCGUAUCCCAAACCUACAAAGUACACCUGUUGUCUCGUUCCGAAAACGUGUCCGAGUUCAAGGAUCAUCGGCCGUCUGCGAGGCGUUCGAUUCUGUGGGCGGCGAAGGUCCCGCUCCUCAUUCCUCGUGAUUGACAGCCGACCGGGUGGGCGGCGACCCCCCUCGCUGUUGACAUGACGAGCACGGCGCACACGGGAACGGUUCCAUCCUUGACACCUUUACGUCCGCCUCGCUUCUUAUUCAUGUUUGAGGUGCAAGGCGGCUCUCCGCUGUCCUUGAGUCGGCGUCCUCCACCGGAGACCAUACUUUUUUCUUUUUAAUUCAUAUCCUUGCCUUUUUAUUUUGCCCUCUCUCGAUAUUAUGUAUAAUUAACCGUGCAAAGAAUCCUCCGUUGAAGAAUUUAGAAGAAAAAAAAAUCUACUUUUUAAUCCCCUCACCACCGCCGCCACCUCCCUCCUCCCUUCUCGAGUAUAUGCUAAUGAUGUCGUUUUCCUUUAUCUUUUUAUAAUAAAGGAUUAGGCCAG